UCCGUUGCUCCUCCAAUAAUCUCUCUCCUCUCUCACUUUCUCUUGCAAUGCUUGGAAGUUAUAAAGAAGUUAUGUGGCCAAGACUUGUGGCCAACAAGAUCCUAAGGAAAAGCGUUGGAAGCAACAACUUCGUUGCCGAUUUUCCACCAGAUGCUGAUGAGCAGCUUCUAGAAGCUCCUGGAUUAGUCGACGAACGACCUUCUUUCGAUUCUAAAUCAAUCUUCGUCAAUCAACACAAGACUACUAAUCUCAACUACAAGGUUCUCGUUAGCACAUGGAACGUUGGUGGAGUCGUGCCGGAGGAUGGAUUUGACAUGGAGGAUCUCUUGGAAACACAUAAAACCCCGUGUGAUAUAUACGUUCUUGGAUUUCAAGAAGUUGUGCCACUCAGAGCUUCGAAUGUUUUGGGAUCAGAUAACAACAAGGUCUCUGCGAAAUGGAACUCGUUGAUAAGAGAGACCUUGAACAAGAGCGUGGCCACUAGUGAUGAUAGGGACAAUAGAAUUAAUGGUGUUUCCCAAGAUUUUAAGUGUAUCAUAAGUAAACAGAUGGUCGGAAUCUUGAUCACCGUUUGGGUCCGAGGCGAUCUCAGGCCGUACAUCCGUGAUCCUAGCGUCUCCUGCGUUGGGUGUGGCGUUAUGGGUUGCUUAGGAAACAAGGGAUCAGUAUCGGUUAGAUUCCGGUUGCACGAGACGAGCUUCUGCUUCGUGUGCAGCCAUCUAGCCUCCGGUGGUCGCGACCGUGAUGGAAGGCAAAGAAACUCCGAUGUCAUAGAGAUUCUAUCGAGAUCGACUUUUCCUAGAGGCACAUAUCUAGAAGAUUUGCCGAAAAUACUUGACCACGACCGAGUUAUUUUUCUGGGAGAUUUGAAUUAUAGAAUAUCUCUACCUGAGGAGAAGACAAGAUUAUUGGUGGAACGAAAAGAGUGGAAGACUUUACUCGAAAAUGAUCAGCUAAGUAUGGAGAUCAUGAAUGGCCAAAUUUUCAGAGGUUGGCAAGAAGGAAAUGUCACAUUUGCUCCAACGUAUAAAUAUAUUCCAAAUUCAGAUUUAUAUUAUGGAUGCAUUGCAUACAAAAAAGACGAGAAGAAACGAGCUCCUGCAUGGUGUGAUCGAAUAAUAUGGUACGGAAAUGGAUUGAAGCAACAUGAAUAUACUAGGGGAGAAGUGAAGAUAUCUGAUCAUAGACCCGUCAAAGCAAUCUUUACCACAGAAGUUAAAGUGUUACGAUAUAGUAACAAAAUUCGUGAUCUCUUUUUCUCAGAGAGAUUUGAAGACAGAAUUGAUGGAUAUGAUCAGAUAGAUUCCAAAGACUACUCGUGGAUUUCUACCUAA